UGGAUACUGAGGACUGACCUUGGGACCUUCUUUAAAUUCUGGUCACCUCUUAGCAUUUUUAAAAAAUCAAGUAAAAUAUACGUUCAAAUAUGAACUCACUAAAGAUGGAAAAUGGUCAUUCCAUACCUAUCCUUGGGCUUGGCACAUGGAAUAGUCCACCUGGUGAAGUUGGUGCAGCUGUGAAAAAAGCCUUAGAAAUUGGUUAUCGUCAUUUAGAUUGUGCUUAUGUAUAUAACAAUGAAGCAGAGAUAGGUGAAGCAUUAGAAGAAUCAAUGAAAAAACUCAAUUUAAAAAGGGAGGAUAUUUUUAUCACUUCUAAGUUAUGGAAUACAUUUUUCCGUCCAGAAAAUGUGAGAAAAGGAUGUGAAACUACCUUGAAGAAUUUACGUGUAAAGUAUUUGGAUUUGUAUUUGAUCCACUGGCCGGUUCCAUUUGAACCUGGUAAAGGAAAUUUUCCUACAAAAGAAGAUGGACAGCUUUGUUUAGAUAAUGUACCUCAUGAAAAAACAUGGAAGGAAAUGGAAAAAUUAGUCGAUGAAGGUUUAGUAAAAUCUAUCGGCCUUUCAAAUUUCAAUAAACGACAAAUUGAAAAUAUCCUUAAACAUUGUCGAAUUAAACCAGUCAAUCUGCAGAUUGAAAUCCAUGCAAACUUUCCAAAUAUUAAAUUGGUUGAAUAUGCACAAUCAAUUGGUAUGACUGUCACUGCAUAUGCACCUCUCGGUUCACCUGCCCAUUCACCGGGAAGAACUAAUCUGCUCACUGAACCAUGGGUUGUGGCGAUCGCUGAACAUCACAAAAAGACACCGGCUCAAGUUCUUAUACGCUACUUGAUUCAAAGGAAUCUUAUAGUAGUUCCUAAGUCUGUAACACCGAGGAGAAUUGAAGAAAACUUUAAGGUAUUCGAUUUCCAACUGUCAAAGGAAGAAAUGAUAGAGUUAAAUACUAAGGGUUUAAAUGAACGUCAAUUCAAAUUACUAAAAUGGGCUGAUCACUCUGAAUAUCCAUUCCGUGAUGAAUAUUAAUGAAAGGGGAAACAAGAAAACUUUCAAAUCAAUAAUCUUGUUUUUCUUUGUGUUCAUAUUCCUCUUUGAACAUAAAUGUGUUGGUUUAUUGAUUGAUUCAUGUCAUAAAAUAUAUUUUUAUUCUUAGUUAA